CGUACCUGUCCCACGUGCAGUACGAGUGCACCGAGGGCCACGAGAUGGUGGGCAGGUCACGACUCGUCUGCGAUAUCGACGAGAGAUGGAAUGGGCCCCCGCCGCGGUGCGACGUUGUCCACUGCGAGCCCCCGGCGCAGGUCCCCAACGGGCGCGUGACGCUGUCCCACAACGCGUCCGUGUUCGGCGCCGUCGCGGAGUACGCGUGUGUCCGCGGGCACCGCCUCGUCGGCGCCCGGCGCGCGAGCUGUCUAGCGAGCGGCGUUUGGGACCAGCAGCCGCCUAAAUGUCAACCCGAGGAGCGCUCAACAACGACCACCACAACGCUCCCUCCCCCCACCACGGCCGCCCCCACCACCCGCGUCACGUCGCGCGCGCCGCCGACGCGGCCGCGCUCCACGCCGCGCCCCGCGCCGACUCCGUUCGUCACGCCGGAGACGCGCCGUCCCCGCCCAAAGACCACGGAACGGCCGACCACGAGAUAUGAAACGAGGGUCACGGACGCGCAGGAGUCGCCGACCAGCCAUGUGCCGCAUAUUAUUGUGGCCAGUCAUCCUAGGGAGAACCAAGUAAGUACACAAGGUGUACAGUCGAGUUCAUAAAUAUGUAUAAAUUUUUUCACCUUAAUCUAUUGCAAUAAGGUGUAAAAUGUAUACCUACAUAUUUA